CUUGACUUCGUUUCCGAGAUUUAUCUUUGACCAUGUAGUAGCCUCGCUACGCUGCAACCCUUCGCACAAGCAUUCAGAGGGUAGGAAUAAAAACAUAAUAAUGACAUUGCUGUCACUCUCCUAUGCCGACACAUUCCGACCCAGCCUCAUUCUUGUCCGUGCGCUCGCGCCGACUGCACAAGCUUAUAAAUAUAUAAACUAAAAAAAAAAAAAAAAAAAUAAUUAAAAAAAAAAAAAAAAAUGCCUAAACGCAAACGCGAAGAAUCGAAAGAGGAACGUUGGUCAAGAAAAAUGAAGAAAUAUGAAGCGAAGCUUCUUAAAACACAGUGUCGUAAUACUAAGCGUAUUGUUUACUCCAGCGAUGAAGAUGAUGUACAUAUCGAAGAACAUCCGGUACCUGGAGAAACUGAAUUGUUUAAUGUGGGUAAUAUUUCAAGCGAACAGCAAGAAAUUUUCUCGGAUCUUGACUCGUACCAAGACCUUCCUCCUAAGGAAGUACCCUUAACUGUAACUGAGAAUAAUGAGGAAGUCGCAGAAUGCAUUGACUCGGAAUUAUUACAAGCCUUAGGAGAAAAUGAAUCGGAAAUUACUGAAUAUGGUGAUGAAAUAUAUAAAGAUAUAGCAACAAGGUUCCAAAAAAUUUUAAUAGAGGGCUUAAGAAAGGAAAAUAGAGAAGAACUUAUAAAGAAAUAUCUGUUUCCUAAAAAUUUACCGUUCUUAAAGGCACCCACUCUAAACCCAGAGGUCCAUGCUAUGCUUCCUGAGCCUUGCCGUCUCCGCGAUAAACGUUUGAUUUGUAAACAAGAUCAGCUCGGACGUGCACUAUCAGCCUUAGGAAAGGCCAUGACGGCUCUUUUAAAGAAAGACCCUGUUAUAUCCGAAGUUAUUCGCAUAUUGAGCGAUACGGGAAAACUUAUCGCAGACUCCCACUACGCAGAAACAGACACCCGUCGGUCAGUCAUCAUUCCAUUAGUAGACAAAUCUUUGGCCGAUACUUUUAAAAACCGGAAGAGAGAUACUUUCUUAUUCGGAGAGAGUUUAUCUGAAGUAGUGAAGGAAUCUCGAGGAAUUAAGAAGACUAGUCAAUUAAUUCAAGCUACAGCCUCUUCUUCCAGCUCUGGUUUAAACUUCAGGGGCCCAUCGGCUCGACCACGUCAGUGCGCCAGUCAAACCAACUCGCAACAACGAGCCGGUGGGCACAAAACUUCAUAUGCGAAUCGGCGACGUGUAGUCGCCGCACCGGCGCCACACAGUCGCCGUCCGCAACCACCGCCGCCGCCGCCAGCGCGGCGCCAACCAGUCUACAAGCCGCGACCAGCAGCCGAUCGGUCGCGGAAUUAAAUACAGAAUCUCAGUUCAGUUCACCCGCUACAUGGUCAACUUUUCUUGGUAGCGAGCGUGUUAUCCGGGAAGGAUUUUCCAAGCAGGGAGUACCAAAAGCAGCUGUAGAUGUUAUGAUCUCUUCCUUGUCUCGGA